AAGAAGAAUAAUUCGUAAAUGAUCAAUUGUGCGGCAUUUAACGCGAUUCAGGAAUACGGUGCCAGCAUUGCGGAUGAAGAAAGGAUUGUCGGGAGUGUGUUAAAUCGUUUCUCUAGUCGCGCAUUGCAAAACAGUACGGUGUGCAAAGUUGAAACAGAUCGCAUUCGCUGAAUGAGCACGGUUCGCGGCCAUCUUGAAAGUGAGGCAACACAAACACACUCACUAACGGAGACACGUACGUACGUGCGCCGCGCACAUACACACAACGUCGCCUUUGCCGCUGCCCGUAGUAAGAGCUAAAACUUACUGGUUCCUCUGUUUUCGGUCUGAGAAAACGGAUCGCUGUGGACGGAAUCCGUGUGAUUUCGUACCAUCCCGAACGCUCAACUUCCUGUGCUGGUAGUCAGUGGAGUUGGUGGCGCCGCUCUUACCGUAACAACGCUUCACUCCAUGGCUGGGCAUUAGAAGCUGGAUCUAGGAAGGCGCAGGAAAAAAAACCCUCAAUCACUUAUACACCACCAGCUCUCGGUCUCUCGCAUACGCAUACGACAUCGGUUACCUCCACCCCGACCCCAACAUUUGUGUGGCCCCUUGUGUUGCAGUGGAAGCAAAGGAAACGGUAGCAGGAAAAUCCGAACGGUUGCAUCCGAACGCGGGACUACAUUAUCCGGCGCUCGAACAUUCUGGUGCGAAAGGAAUAAAGUUGCCAAAGUGUUGUACAGCAGAAGCAGCAGCAGCAAAAGCUGGAGCGAAGCGAACGCAGAGGUCAAGAAGCUUUUGGAGCGCGCGCCAGAACCAUUCCGAAGGCCCGUUUUGCAUGAGUAGAUUAUGUAUGAUAUCUGUGAGCAGAUGUGUACAUAGCCAUGGCUGCGACGCGAAAGUUGCAAGGUGAAAUCGAUCGGUGUCUGAAGAAAGUCACCGAGGGUGUAGAAACGUUUGAAGAUAUUUGGCAGAAAGUUCAUAAUGCUACAAAUAGCAAUCAAAAAGAAAAGUAUGAAGCGGAUCUCAAGAAGGAAAUUAAAAAGUUACAGCGAUUACGCGAUCAAAUCAAAUCAUGGAUCGCUUCCGGCGAGAUCAAGGAUAAAAGCGCUUUGCUGGAAAACCGCCGGCUCAUAGAAACCCAAAUGGAGCGGUUUAAGGUGGUCGAGCGGGAAACGAAAACGAAAGCAUACUCGAAGGAGGGCUUAGGUGCGGCCCAGAAGAUGGAUCCGGCGCAGCGGGAAAAGGAAGAAAUUAGCUCGUGGCUAACGACAUCCAUUACCUCGCUGCAGAUACAGAUCGAUCAGUUCGAGUGUGAGAUCGAGUCACUUUUAGCGGGGAAGAAAAAGAAACUCGAUAAGGAUAAGCAGGACAAGAUGGACGAGCUGAAGGGUAAGCUGGAGAGGCACAAGUUCCAUGUCACGAAGCUGGAGACGCUGCUGCGAAUGCUCGAUAAUGACGGUGUCGAGGUGGAGCAGAUCAAGAAGAUCAAGGAAGACGUCGAAUACUACAUCGAUUCCUCGCAGGAGCCCGACUUUGAGGAGAACGAAUACAUCUACGACGAUAUCAUCGGACUGGAUGACGUGGAAAUCUCUGGCAUCCCGGUGUCGACCGGUACGGAUAGCAAUAACAGCAAUGAGACAGCAGGAUCGCCAAGCAGUCUAAUAUCUGGAACUAGUCCGGCGCAGUCACCGGUGCUAAACUACAGUGCCAGCACGUUACACAAUCACAGUAGCGAUCUGUCUGCCGAUAAUAACAAUCUGAAUGAGAAACGUUCGAAGAGCGAGGGCACGAAGAUUACGCCGGUGAAACCGACCGCAAUCCGCGCUAGCAAGGUGGACCCGUCCGUCACCGCUGUCAGUAAUGCCGUUAACAACAACGGCAGCAGUAAUAGCACCAGUAACAGUAGUAGUACUAUCAGCAACAACAAUACGUCCAAGACCGGGCUGAUCAGCUCCACGCCUAGCAAAAAUCAUACUAAUGCUGCCGCGGCGUUACCGAACAUGUUGGUGCUACCACAGCCGCCCAACAGUAUACCCAUCAUUGGACCCGCUUUUGCUGCCGUUGCGAAACAACAUCCUAGUGAGUAUAUACAAAAUGGUUCUAUACUCCAGCCCAGCACGCCCACCAGCACGGGGGCAGCGGGCGCGUCACCAUCGUCAGCGAGUGGGCCACUGCAAACGCAAGCAACGAAUGCAUCGAAUGUUUUUAGCAGCCUCAGUCAGAUAAUUAAUACAUCUCAACCUAAGCUUAGUCAGCAGCAGCAGCAGCAACAAACGCAGAACAGUUUACCGAGCGCUGCGGCCGUUGUCGCUGCAGCGAACAGCAGCAGUGUGCCGGCCACGACACAGUCGAGCGCAUCGUCACAGCAGCAAGCACAGCAGCAGGCACAGCCACAACAGCAACAAUCCCAGCAGAUUCCUCCCGGUCAGAAUUCCAUGCUACUUCACAAUGCCUUGUCGUCGGCAUCGAGUACGGAGAGCAACAAUCAUGUAAUGAGUACAUCGUCCGCGUCUACCAUCAGUAGUAGCGGGGCGAACGUUAUUAAUAACUGUGUCUCUCCCAGCAAUUCCGCAGUCAGUAGCAGAGCGUCACCCAGUUUGAUGUCACCACCGCAGCAACAACAACAGCAGCAGUUGUUGAACGGUCCUACAACACUCGCGCAAGAAGUGAUAAAUAGAACAGGAGUUCUCGAAACUGGUCCAAGCACCAAUCCAAACGCGCUAAUGCAGCAGCAGAGCCAACAGCAACAACCUAAUCCGCAGGGCACGGCAGCGGCAGCGACGGUGGCAUCCACUGCGCAGCAACAGCAAGCAGUGCAAGCGGCGGCCGUAGCAGCACAAGCAGCGGCAGUGGCCGCGGUGGCUGGUCAGCAGCAGCAGCAGCAGCAGCAGCAGCAGCAACAACAACAGCAAUCGCAACAGCAGCAACCACAACCACAGCCAGCAGAUUCGAGACAGGCUGGGCCAGUUCCUUCGAAUCAACCCCCACAAACACAAUCGGGCGGCCCGUCGUUUAUGGUCGAUGCUAGCGGUGUACCAACUGGGGCGAACGCGGGCAACCUACUACCAACAUCGUCAGCUACUGCCAUCACGAAUGGACCGAACACGAUCAUUAACACAAACUCUAGUAUUUCGAACGCCGCCAACGUGAACAGCGGCCCCGGCGGCAUGAAGUCUUCUGCCGGUACGCACGAAGCCUGCAUACCACCGCUACUUGGCGUGGCACCUUUAGGCACGUCAAAACUGCAGAAGGAGCAUCAAAUACAAUUCCAACUCAUGGAAGCCGCCUACUAUCAUCUGCCAACACCAAGCGAUUCAGAGAGGCUAAGGCCGUACUUGCAACGUCAACCUGUCCAAACUCCACCGCACUUUCCACAGCAACAACUUCCACAUUCUGAAACGGUAGAGUUUUUCCAGCGUCUAUCACCCGAAACGCUCUUCUUCGUGUUUUACUACAUGGAGGGAACGAAGGCUCAAUAUCUAGCCGCUAAGGCGCUGAAGAAACAGAGCUGGAGAUUUCAUACGAAAUAUAUGAUGUGGUUCCAGCGCCACGAAGAACCGAAAGUGAUCAACGAAGAGUACGAGCAGGGAACCUACAUCUAUUUUGACUAUGAAAAAUGGGGCCAGCGUAAAAAGGAAGGGUUUACGUUUGAAUACAAGUACUUAGAAGACAGGGACCUGAAUUGAUCUUUACAGAUUACGGAACUCCUUUUUUAAAAAAUAUGUGGAAAACAAAAUGAAACGCAAAAAAAUUGAUCAAUAAAAACUAUAAAAUGUUCUGAAAACAAAAAUCACUCCCCUCCAGGAUGGCAAAACUCACAACAACAAAAGAGAGAAACAUAAAACGAAAAUACAAGUACGGGAAAGACACGAAACAGAUAUGUGUUUCAUGCGGAAGUGAUCACUGGACGGAAAAUGAUGGAAAACGGAGUACAUAAACACUCAUGCACACACAAUGACACAAUGUCAAUGUAUAAUUUUCCGGUAGCUUCAUUUUACUUCAACCACAUACACGGCAUCAAUCAUGCGGUGCGAUCGAAUGGUGAACAAAAAGACGUACAAAUCAACUGGCAAACGGCUUGAAAUUGUACACCCACAUCGAUGGCCACCCGUACAUCCCAGAAUCAUCAGUCCCAACUUUAAGCUAGUUGGGAGAAACGUCGAGAGCCGGCAGAGCUCACUGAAGUCUCAUUUGAAUUGUGAUUUGUUUGUUCUUCGUAAGUCGGACUUUUAAGAAACUCUCCUGUGUACAUAUAUCAGCGGUGCUCUCGUCCCCGGACUGAUUCAAUCAACUUCUUCAAACACAAUUUAGAGCGAUCUGGAACAUAAAGCGAAUCGAUGCGAGGGAUAUGUUGUGCUUUGUAUACCGUUUCUCAUCGCCAUCGUGUCGAACUGCUCGGGAAUGUCAAUUGCCUGUUGAGCGUAAAUUUGUAUUACCUCUGGGAUAGUGUUGCGAAAAACAAACGAGUACUGUACGAUACGAUGAAUUUUGCAAGUCGGCUACGAGUGUUCCAAAAGAGACGAGAAGCGCGUACAUUGUGUAGUAAACAUUUAACAGCGUAAGAACCCACUCCCACACACACAACGUAAACACAUAAACACCCAUGAUUGAUUGAUGAUAGAAAAUAGAUUUUAAAACUUCAAAACGUGAAAACGGAAAAGAUGAAGAGAUGUAAAAUAACGUAAACAAAUCAGAAGAAAAAAGGUUAGAGAAAAAAAAUCAUAAAAAGUAUGCAAAACAUGAAGCAUCCCGUUCGCAAUGAGGUAAAAGAAUAAUAAGCGAGAGUGGGCUAUUUUGUAGAUCAAAUGGUUCGGUCAUGCGUUAGUUUCCCAUUUUCUGUAUUCUGCGUGCAGGAAUAAAUAUCAUUUCAUCCUCAACACCACAUGCUUAGAGGGUUAGUAGGCUUACGGUGAUUACACAAACGAACAAAAAAAAAAACCCGAGACGAUUUAAAAAGAAAUUGCUUCAACAUCUUACAACACAGUAUCCGGUUCGAGGCGAAAAAGCGAACAUGAUUUGCAAAUGACCAUAACAGUUACAACACACACACACAUUCAAUCAUCUGUCCAUACAAUAAUUCUAGUGAGGGAUAUGUGAUGAGCGUUAGAAGAUUGCAACAGGCACUGUAUAUGUUAAUUGAAACACUAUUUGGUGUGAAAUUCUCUCACACAAUCUUUUGCCCCUCUUUUUCCGACGUUACUGUUACCUUGUUUGGGUGGUUAUUAUUGAACUUGCAAAACUGGACUGGUUUGAGUGUAGAAAGCAUCUCCCGUUUUUUUAAAAAGGCACAUUGUGUUGAUCACGCGCGCAUUAGUAGGUGCCGAUACGCGUGCAUGUAGGAAGGUAUCGAUAAUCUCUCAACUCUGUACAUGCAGGAAAACAACAUGUCCAAUAAUCCAUUCGAAUCAAAGAGUCUGUAAAAGAAUUGUAAAUCAUGUAAUUGCAGAAAAACAAAAGCUUCAGAGGCGGGGGUGAACAACCUUCUGAGUACUUGAACAAAGCAUCAAGACAGAAAAAAAAACAAUCGCAACAUACGGAAUAUUCCACCGUGCAAAUCAUACACACAGUGGCCUGUUGGGUUUGAGUUGCCUGUAGCACGUUGUGCCCUCCGAGUAAAAGCAAGCAAUCCUUUACACACCAUUCAUUAAUGCAGGUCGUCAUACCCGACGGAGCACGAUCCUUUGACGUCUCUUUCAAUGACAGAUUGGUCGAAUGCGAGGCGGGAUGUAGAUAUACGGAUAAGGCGAACAAAUGUUAAGUGGCCCCUUUGCAUCCGCUGGACCUCCAAGGGGGUGUAAAGAAGCGAUCAGCUGCCCUCUCCCUAGCGCGCGCCACAAGUUGUUUCACUAGAACGGGUAUCUACAUCUGUUAGUUGAAUUUGUGUGUAAAAAGUAGUCGUCCGACAGUAGGUUCGUUCGUUAGUAAGUGCUGGACGUGUAGGGGUCUAGUUGUGCUGCUCGAGACGGGUUGACGGGUGUUACUGCUGUCGAAAUGAAUUGAUGCCACUGUUCCCGAGAGUCUAGAGAUAAUCACUCCAAAUCGAAAAGGAAAUAUCGUAACCCUUUUCGAGCGUGCUGCUGCGAACGUUUUGCGUAGUAAAAGAGAGAGAAGAAGAAGAAAAAAUAUGAUCGCUCAGUAGUAAAUAACUAAAACAAAAAAAAAGAACUGAUUCCGAGUGCAAAACCGACAACAGGAAAACAAAAAAAAGUGGAGGAAAUGAGUUCCAUAAAUCUUCUCCCCCCGCGUAAAGCUGGUGGUCGUGCAGUCGCAGAUUUAUUUUUAGGCUAAAUACUGCCAAGGAAGACGAUCUGCUGCUUGGAGUAAGAAAUAAAACAAGAAAAAAAAAGAUCGGAGAAGAAAACAAAAACAAAUAAAUGAAUAUGAAUUGAAAAACAACGUAAAAAACGGAUAAAGAAAC